AUGGAGCAGAAGCUCCCGCCGGAACCUCGCCCCUCACCUUCUCCGCGACUCCCGUCGGUGCCUCGCCCCCACCUUCUCCGCGGCUCCCACCGGCACCUCGCCCCCACCUUCUCCUCGGCUCCCGCCAGCACCUCACCCCCACUUCCUCCCCGGCUCCCGCCGUCGCCUCGCCCCCACCUCCUCGGCGGCUCCCGCCGGCACCUCGCCCCCCACUCGACGGCGGCCUCCCUUCCGCCAACCGGCCACCUCCCGCUUCCAGUCAGUUUGGCAUCGUCCCUCUGCCUCCUUCUGGCUGCCCUCGACGACGCUCCUAGUGGUCACUCCGCUUCGUCCAUAGUGGGAGGUCCAUCAACGCUGCGUCCAGCGGUCCAACCCCGCCACCCGAGGCCGUUCACCGUGCAGUGCCCCUUUCCAAGCCAUCAUGAGCGAUCAAAUCCCGGCACACCUGGUAGUUCAAACAUACACCGGCUGGCAGGUGACCAACUGCCCCACCUCUACAAGCUCGUCGGGGAUGACUUGGCAGUAGCUGGGAUUCCCUACAACAGCCAAAUUCCGGCACUCCCGGCCACCGCUCGUGAUCCCUGCUGGCACCGUCAGUCCACAGGAGUAGGGGUGGCGUGCCCGUCAACAAACAAGAACAGAAGGUGCAACCUCGCCAGUACCAUGUUGGCGGUUCCUUUGUUUUGUCUUGUUGCUGCUCCAAGCUGCAACACCUCAUGCUGUCAUCAUCUCUACAGGGCCACCGCUCCUCCAACCUGUCCUCUGUCGCAGCCCCACCACUCAUUGCCGAUGCACUCCAACCCGAGCACCUCCAUGAUGGAGGUCGUCUCGCAGCCCAGUGACGAGCUAACUCAUCUUCCUUGUGCGUCCUUCGCCCAUUGUGUGCCCUGCUGCCCUUGACCUCCUUCCUCACAGCUGAAAAAAUAGAAGAAUUUCUCUCAUCCUUCUUCUGAGGAAGAUUGGGAUGGGAGUCUACGGGGCAGGCAAAGUGUGUUGUUGCUUCUACAAUUUCAAACAUGAAUUUGAGAAAAGUUAUUCCUCGGAUAAGUUUGAAAAAUGUCAUUUUGUGAAGUUGAGCUAUUGAGCCAUGAACUACUAAAUGGUGGACUUGCAUUUUGUUUCUUCAGUACAUACAUGAGUUGAAUGUAUAAUUCAUGGAACAUAUGUCAAAUCUUCCAAGUAGUAACACAUAUUUAUUUUCUUCCAAGUAGCAAAUAUUUCCGUGGAUCAGGACAACUUCUGUACGACCUUUUGUUCACAAAUCUUGCAGUAUUGUUUCUA